AUUAUUAAAGCACUGUCCUAUAUUUAUAAGCAACAGAUAACAUAUAUAGAUCUUAAGCUAUUAAAUAUCUUAAUUAGCGCAGAGAAUAACAUAGUGUUAAGUAAUGUUAGCAGAAUUAGAGGCGUUACAAGGAACUAUCUAGCGCUAGAGAUGCUUAAUGUACUAGACCUACUUGCUAAAAGCUUAGAAGCACAGACAUAG